AUGAACAGUGUUAAAUAUAUUGGGAGUGGCCAUCUUGUACAACAAAACGGCAGAGAUCGUGGCAGUAGAAGAAACCAUGACCGAAGAUAUGAUCUCAGUAGAAUUCUCGUUCCGCAAUCAGAUUUUAAUUUUGAAACGUCAAAUGCCAAGUGCAACAAAAAAGACCUUGCCAAAAAGGUUAAGAUUACUCCUAACUAUGAUCUUAAAGAUGAAAAUUGCGUAGAUGGCAUUGAAUUUGGUCCAGAAGAGGAGGAUGAUGAUGGUUUGAUGCCACUCGCUAAGACCUAUAAUAUGGCCAAAUCAUUCUUUGACAACAUUUCUUGUGAAAUAAAAGAGCGAUUGGAACGACAAGGACCUAGUGGCCGGGAAUUGUCUAUGGCUGAACAAAAACAGAAACAACCUGAAGAAAAACAUUUGAAUCUCGAAGCUUUUGAGCAAUUUUCGAUAGAUAGUGAAAGAUAUUAUAGUGAUUAUCGCAAUUGUUGUAAAAGUCGGUGCAAAUAUUGUGGUGGCUGUGAAAUCCGUGAAGGAUACUCUAACCGCUAUAUAGGGGAAUAA